ACUCAUCUAUUUCAUUUUUAAUUUCAGAAUAUUGGAUUAUAAUAUGAAUGAAUGAACGAACGAAUGAAUGUGGACGGAGGAGUUGGCUGGCUUAGCGUUGAACACUGCUCCAUGCUGUUAAAGCCUUCGCUGCUCUCAGACCAAUCCAACUUCAGAUUUUCCCGUGAAACUCGCAUUUUCCGGGCAAGAAACUCCGCGAAUUCAUACAUGGCGCCUCCAAUCCUCUCCCUUGCUCUUCCCUCCGACACCGGUCGAGUUCUCAGCAUUCAAUCUCACACCGUUCAGGGGUAUGUUGGCAAUAAAUCGGCUGUCUUCCCUCUGCAAUUACUGGGCUACGAUGUGGAUCCAAUUAACUCCGUGCAGUUUUCGAAUCAUACAGGAUAUCCGACGUUUAAGGGGCAGGUCUUGAAUGGACAGCAACUCUGGGAACUAAUAGAAGGCCUUGAAGGAAAUGAAUUAUUGUUCUAUACUCACUUGUUAACAGGCUAUAUUGGUUCAGAGUCUUUUCUAAACACUGUAUUGCAAGUCGUCAACAAACUUCGGUCAAUAAACCCAGAGCUUAUCUAUGUGUGUGAUCCAGUGAUGGGUGAUGAAGGAAAGCUUUAUGUUCCUCAAGAGCUAGUAUCAGUCUAUCGUGAGAAGGUUGUUCCUGUGGCUUCAAUGUUGACUCCCAACCAGUUUGAGGCAGAACUACUGACAGGUUUCAGGAUUCAGUCUGAAGGACAAGGUCGGGAGGCCUGUAGGCUUCUCCAUGCGGCUGGGCCUUCAAAGGUUAUAAUUACAAGUAUAAAUAUUGACGGGAACCUUCUUCUCAUUGGCAGUCAUCAAAAAGAAAAGGGAGAGCCUCCCAGACAAUUUAAGAUCGUGAUUCCAAAAAUACCAGCUUAUUUUACGGGAACAGGAGAUCUGAUGACUGCACUUCUUCUUGGUUGGAGCAAUAAAUACAGAGACAACCUUGAGAUUGCUGCAGAACUUGCAGUGUCAAGCUUGCAGGCACUUUUACACAGGACGCUCAGUGACUACAAAAACGCUGGACAUGAUUCCCAGUCAACCAGUUUAGAGAUCAGAUUAAUUCAAAGCCAGGAUGAUAUUCGCAACCCACAAGUCAACUUUAAAGCAGAAAUAUACAGCUAAAGUGGCGAUUUAAUUGGAACAUGUAUGUAUUAAUGUGUAUUAUUAUUAAAGAAUGAAAAGAAUUAUGAUAAAUUGAGAAGGAAAGUUUAUUUAUUUGUUUUUUAUUGUUCAAAUUUUGAAAUGGGAAAGUUUUAAAAUCGAAUGAUUACCAAUAUGAUGAUGAGAAAGUAAAAGAAA